AUGUCUAUCUAUCUAUCUAUCUAUUUCCUUUAUCUCUGUCAUCCAUCUAUCUAUCUAUCUAUCUCUAUGUAUGUAUCUAUCUAUCUAUCUAUCUAUCUAUUAUUCACCUCAUCCAUUACAUUAUCUAUGUCUGUAUGUCUCAUCUAUCUGUCUAUCUAUCAUCUAUUCACCUAUGUCUGUAUGUCUUUAUCUCUGUCUAUCAUCUCUAUCUAUCUAUCUAUCUAUUCUCCUUUUCUAUAUCUAUGUCUUUAUGUCUUCUAUCUAUCUGUCUGUAUCUAUCUAUCUAUUCAUCCUCAUCCUUUAUCCUUUUUAUCUAUGUCUAUGUCUUUAUCUCUGUCUAUCUAUCUAUCUAUCUAUUCACCCUCAUCCUUUACAUUAUCUAUGUCUAUGUUCUUUAUCUCUGUCUUCUAUCUAUCAUCUAUUCUAUCCUUUACAUUAUCUAUGACUGUAUGUCUUUAUCUCUGUCUAUCUAUCUAUCUAUCUAUUCACCUCAUCCUUUACAUUAUCUAUGACUGUAUGUCUUUAUCUCUGUCUAUCUAUCUAUCUAUCUAUCUAUCUAUUCACCUCAUCCUUUACAUUAUCUAUGUCUGUAUGUCUUUAUCUCUCUAUCUAUCUAUCUAUCUAUCUAUCUAUCUAUUCACCUCAUCCUUUACAUUAUCUAUGUCUGUAUGUCUUUAUCUCUGUCUAUCUAUCUAUCUAUCUAUCUAUGUAUCUAUCUAUCUAUCUAUCUAUUCACCUAUCCUUUAUCCUAUCUAUUCUGUAUGUCCUCAUCCUCUUUCACAUUAUCUAUGUCUGUAUGUCUUUAUCUCUGUCUAUCUAUCUAUCUAUCUAUUCUCAUCCUUUAUUAUCUACUGUAUGUCUUUAUCUCUGUCUAUCUAUCUAUUCUAUUCACCUAUCCUUGCUGUACAUUAUCUCUGUAUCUCUUUAUCUCAUUAUCUAUCUAUCUCUAUCUAUUCACCUCAUCCUGUUACUAUCUAUGUCUUUAUGUCUUUAUCUCUAUCUAUUAUCUAUCUAUCUAUCUAUUCAUCUAUUCACCUCAUCCUUUACAUUAUCUAUGUCUGUAUGUCUUUAUCUCUGUUAUCAUCUAUAUCUAUUCUAUGUCAUUAUCUAUGUCUGUAUUUCUUUAUCUCUGUCUAUUCAUCUAUCUAUCUAUCUAUCUAUUCACCUCAUCCUUUACAUUAUCUAUGUCUGUAUAUGUCUAUUCAUCUAUCUUUCUAUCUAUUCUAUCCUUUACAUUAUCUAUGUCUGUAUGUCUUUUCUAAAUCUAUCUAUGUUCAUAUCUAUCUAUCUAUCUAUCUAUCUAUUCCUCAUUCCUUUACAUAUAUGUCUGCAUCUCUUUGUAUCUAUCUAUUCAUGUUCUAUCUCUCUAAAUAUGUUCAUAUCAUGUAUCUAUCAUCUUGA